ACGGUCGCAGGCGCCGGCGGCCAGUAUAUAAGCAGGCCGCCCGGUGGCCACUACUUGAUCAAGGCGCCGAGCUACUCAUCAGCAUCAUUCAGUUGGGUGUCGUUGAGCGUGGCCGGUGAGCACGCGCUUGUGCUUGAGGUUGGCAGUUGAUUCCCAUGGGGAGAUCUCCUUGCUGCGACGAAAGCGGCCUCAAGAAGGGCCCGUGGACGCCGGAGGAGGACGAGAAGCUGCUGCAGUACAUCCAGAAGAACGGCCAUGGCAGCUGGAGGACCCUUCCAAGACUCGCCGGGCUGAACAGAUGCGGCAAGAGCUGCCGGCUGCGGUGGACCAACUACCUGCGGCCGGACAUCAAGCGGGGCAAGUUCUCGCAGGAGGAGGAGCAGACCAUCCUGCACCUCCACUCCAUCCUCGGCAACAAGUGGUCGGCGAUCGCGACGCACCUGCCGGGCCGGACGGACAACGAGAUCAAGAACUUCUGGAACACGCACCUCAAGAAGCGGCUCAUCCAGAUGGGCUUCGACCCCAUGACGCACCGCCCGCGGACUGACUUCUUCGCCGCGCUGCCGCAGCUCAUCGCGCUCGCCGCGCUCCGCGACCAGCUCGCCGCCGACCCGCCGGGGAGCGCGCAGCUGCAGCCCGGCGCCGGCGCCGGCGUCGACGUGGCUAUCCAGGCCGCCAAGCUCCAGUACCUGCAGUGCCUCCUCCAGUCCGCGGCCACCACCAUCGAUGGCAUCGCCUCCACCGCCGCCGCGGGCUCCACGCCCGACGCCGAGGCGGCGGCUCUCUGCGCCCUCUGCUCGCCGCAGGGGACGCAAGACAGCACCGCCCCGGUGUCCGCGGCCAGCGACCAGCUACUACGUUCCUGCACGUUCCCCGAGGCGCCCGUCAGCAGCGAAGCCAACCAAGGCCUCGGCUACGGCGGCGCUGAUGUUGACGUGUUCACCUGCCACGGUGGCGCCUCGCUGCCGCCCCUGGCCGACCUCUCCGACGCCGCGAACAACCACCCAGCCGACGGGUGCAGCGCCACGGCGUCGUCCAGCUUCGGUGGUGGCGCGGGCAGCCCGCUCCCUUGGCCGGAGUUCUUCCCCGACGACCCCUUCAUCACCGAUUUCCUAUGAAUCCACCACGCAUCAUACCACACAUCUGCUUGUAUAACAAAUUACCUUCUACACCACGCUGAUCCACGCGUCUCCUCCCUCUGAAUUUUGUAAGCUUUGGGUACACUCAUACGUAUACGUAUACGUGCAAGCCUUUCAGUAUGACAGUAUGGAGUAGUGUGCUCCAUCUGAUACUCUGAAUUCUGAUAGCAUUGCCCAUUCAGACAUCAGAAUAGAUUAUACUCUGAAUAUGCUGCCACUAGCCCAGAGAGGGAGUGUGUAUGUGAGAGUUGCUCAUGAGAAUAAUAUACGCCACAGUGCUUGCUGUACUGAUGAUGAAACAAA